UCUGUGCCUUCUCUUUUAUCAGUUGCUUUUACUUGAGAAAACCUGGAGACGAACGAAACCCUAACUUUCGAGUUUUCCGAUGAGUCUAGCCUCCAUGAUCUCCGGCUAAAGAUCAAUGAAUCGACGACCUUCCUCUGUUCGUUUGUCGAUUGAUUACAACGACGGUGAUCUCCUCGCGGCUAUUACUCUCUCGAUUCGUCUGAUUGUUAUGCGAUUGGUCAGAAAUCGGAAACGAAUCAUCAGGAGAUUGUUCACGAUUCUAUGAGUAUUGAAGCGGUAGAGUCCGGUGGCGGCAUGAAUCUCUCCGGUGUAAAAAGGUUAAGCGAGCCUCUCUUCUUGAAAAAGAUAUUGAUGGAGGAAUCUGGUGACACUUGUGAAUUGACGAUUGUGGUCAUGACUGUUCAUGCUGUUAUGUUAAAAUCUGGAUUUGUGCUGUUCGAUCCUGAUUCAUCUAUGCGUUUUAGCUUCUCGGAGGAGACUUUGGUAUCGCUUAACUAUACUCUAGCUUCUGUGAAAGGAAUAGUAAGUUUGAAUUUUGAGAACUUAGGAGGCGAAGUUGUAGUUUAUGGGUCUCUUAGUGCGGGUAGUUUGGUUGGUAUGGUGUCUAUUGAUAAACGUAGAUCUGUGCACAUUGUUGAUUUGCUUAUGGACACUUCCAAAUCUGACAAAGAAGAAGAUACUUUGAGCAUCCACCGUGAGGUACUUGUGUGGUGGAGAAUGAUAAAAGAUGGUAUUGUUACGCCUCUGUUGGUUGAUCUUUGCGAGAUAACUGGCUUAGAACUUCCACCUUGCUUUAUCUGUCUACCUCGAGAGCUAAAACACAAGAUACUAGAGUCGCUUCCCGGUGUGGACAUUGCCACAUUGGCCUGUGUUUCUUCUGAACUGCGAGACCUGGCUUCAGAGAAUGACUUGUGGAAGCAGAAGUGCUUGGAAGAGUGCCAAUAUCUUGUGACAGAAGCCAAUGAUGAUGUGGUUAACUGGAAGGAGAGGUUUGCUACUUAUUGGAGGCAAAAGGGACAUUUCUCCUUGGAUUUAGGGCCCAUCAAGGUGCUACGUAUUGGAGGCAAAAGGGACAUUUUUCCUUGUUUUAGGGCACUUCAAGGUUUUUUUUGCGGGAGCAUGGGUUCGUGGAGAAAGAAACUAUUAAAAGGCUGGGAGAUCAUAAAAUGAGGCCCCGGGUAAAUCAGGUGGACUGAAUGUUGUAAUGUUGUUUGUGUUCAAAUCUUGCAAAUAGGUAACUUUAGUAUAAGGGAGAUGUAAAGAGCAUUUGAAACUUAGUAUACUUGUUCUAUUUCUAGUACUCAAGAAUGAGAUUGAAUCGGAUUUCGCAAAAGGAGUUCUUGUCUUGUAGAACUGAGUGCAGGGAAACUAUAAUAGUGAAAUGAUGAGUUGCUGAAA